ACGCGCAGCCGGACAGCGCAGCUCCUCUGGGUGGCUCUUGUGCGCGUCAAAUGAAGCAGCAGCGCUUCAGAAGGUGUCAGUAGUCUUAGUCUUAGCUGAGUCUAGCUGGUAGGCUGUUCUGCUAAGUCGGUUCAAACCACACGGAGGGCUUGUGACUCUGAGACAUCAUGGAGAAGACGGGCGAUACAAGUGCUUACGGGGCUUCGCUCGCAGGAGGAGGCUUCGACGUCCACAAGUUUAUCCGACAACCGCAAACUAUCGUGCGGCUGCUCAGCUGGAUCUUUGCCAUAGUGGUGUUUGCCAGCAUCACAACAGAGGGAUACGUCAACUCUGCCCACAGUGCAGAGGCAAAGUGCAUCUUCAACCAGAAUGACUCGGCCUGUCACUACGCUGUUGGCAUUGGGGUGAUUGCCUUCCUGGCCUGUGUGGGUUUCCUGGUGUUGGAUGUUUACGUGCCUUUCAUGAGCAAUGCACAGGAGAGGAAAUUCGCUGUGUUGGCAGACCUGGGAUUCUCAGGGGUGUGGACCUUCCUGUGGUUUGUGUGUUUCUGCCUGUUGGCCAACCAGUGGAGUCGCACACAUGAUGUCGGCGCUAUCCCACAGGACGCUGCACGUGCCACUGUGGCCUUCUCAUUCUUCUCCAUCGCCACCUGGGGAAUCCUAACCUACUUUGCUCUGGGUCGUUUCCGCCGUGGUGUCAAUGACGUUACACUCCCGACCUACACAGAGCCGCCUCCAGAUCACCACACCGCCUACCCCCCGACCUACGCCCCCACCUCCUACAACCCCACAACCUACACCCCUACCACUUACACAGCCUAUCCCAGCAAUGUAGCCGACGUGCACCAGCAGCCUCCCAUCACCCCAAACCUCCAGCCGCAAGGAGAUGUCGGCUACCAGCCGCCCAACUACUGAGACAAAGGGAGGUCACAUGGACAAGGCGGUGUUCCAGGUCGUCGGAUUGCAGUUGCACUGCACAGACUCAGAGCUAUAUCAUAUUGAUGUGGUUUUACAUUAGAUUUAACACACUUUAAGUUAAACUGAGCAGUGCAACUGCAACCUAGAGAUGAGGGACACCGCCGUUUACGUUGAGGGGUUGCAGCUCUCUGAUCUGAUCAUAAGACAUCAGGCUGAGAGUUGAGAUUAGAGCUGAUGAUUGGGCAAUCUCACCUUAGACCUGUGUGCAAAAAUGCAACUUUUACCUCAAAUGGGCUGAUCGUAAAGGGGAUAGGUAGAUAGAAUGUACCCAGGAGGUCAAAGGUCACAUAAUGUGGCUUUAAUAAGAAUACUUGUGACAGCUCCAGUCAGAGUGGAAGACGCCCACACGUAACAUGUUUCUCUUUACUCUUUUGAAUCCUAAGAAUGUGCAUUUGUACAUAGAUUUCACGAUGUAAAGCUGCCAUUUUAAUGGAUUUAUGUGCCAGAUUUUGUUUUCUUAUUUGGUUUAUGGAUAUUUCUUCUCCAGUGCAUUUAUCUUGAAAACCUAUAAACAGUUUAGGAUACAUUGAUUUAUUUUGCAAAGUAUUGAGGACAGUAGGAAAAGACCACUAUGAAGCCAAAUGGUCCUCUGUGAUUUAGUUUUUGUGAAAUGUGGAGAUGAUACAAUUAAGUUUAUUUGCCAUAAAACUACCUGUGAAGGAAUGUUUUCUGGGUUGUUUGUACUACAGUAAAACGGUUCACAUGUUUUCCAUCUCGACUAACUAUGCUUGUAAGAUCACUAAAAAAAAAACCAAACACAACUUGUGUUGGUAAAAAUGGGUUGCAUGUGCCAAACUGUAGAUGGGUUUCUUGUACGUUCAUAAUCAGUGUCGCCCUUUGUAGCUUAAAUUCAGACAGACAGGAGGGAGGGACAUGUAGAUAACCAUGCACUUAUUGAACAGGUUUAUCCACCGAGCAUGUCCUCACACUGAAGAGUAACUUAUUAACUUCCAACACUGCUUCCUCUUCAGCCUGCGAACAAAGCUGCCUCAGACUUCCUCUAAGGUCUUUGUGUCAUUUAGUUUUAUGAACGCUGAUGUUUAUCUGUUAAUGUUAAUUGUUGAAGGCAGACUGCAGUGUGUAUGUCUUUAACUAUGACAGAUUAAAACACUCAAACCAGCAGGAGUGAGAGACACACACACACACACACACACACACACACACACACACACCUGUCCUCCAGUCUACUGGUUUACUUUGUUGCUUUGUGCCUGGCAGUAAUGAUUUUAUCAUCUUGACUCCUCUGCCUGGGUCAUAUUCUGGCUGUUGUGACACUAAAAAUUUGGCCUAAGAUCAGUUUUCGCUUUUCAUUCCAAGGUUGUUGCGGGGGUGUUCGUAGAUAUUAGAUCUGUUAAUGACACACCAGGAGUUGAAUGUGGUUAUAUUUAUUGAACAUGACACUGUUGAGGUACAUUGGAGAAGAAAAAACAAAACAUGUGCAUAACUUACUGAAGCCAAAUACAUGAAAAACACCGCUGAUUUUCCAUUUGUGCCUCAAGAAGAGAAACUUUAAAAGGGUAUUUCGUUGAGGGAAGUUAAUCAGAGUAAAAUGUGUCAUGAUAACACCACAAAGUUAAAUUUAGCUUAAACAGCUGUGUCACAGCUGCUCUCGCUGCUCUGCUUGAGUGAUUCUUUUGCAAUUCUUGAUUUUCAUGCUCCAGAAAAAUCAGUUAAAUUUGUUCUUCAGUGAACUCUUCAAAAUCAAUGUAUUCAUGUGAGUUUGUCAUAAUCACCCAGUUCAAAUGAAUCAACUGAACUGUGUCUCCAGCCCCCGUUUAUUGCACAGUAUUAUAAUAGUAACAACAAAGAGCCCAUAUUGAAGUUUCAAUGUUUUUCAAGUUUUGAGAGAUGAAUACAUUUCUGGUGUUUUGUUCAAUGUUUCAUUGAGGUCCGUGUUUUAGAUGUGAGACUAGAAUGCUUUCUGUAAAAUAAUUUAUGAUUUGUAACGCCUACAGCAAAUGUUUUAUAAAGACUGGCACAAGAAACUGGUCAGAUUUUGGUUGGUUUGAUUUCUUUUUCUAUCGUGUUUCCAAAUGUUUUUUGACCAUUGAGUUAUAAAGCAUUUUUUGCUUUCAA